AUGAUUCAAAAACAAAGAACAUGUUCUGGGAUACUCAAUACUCAGGGAAAGAAUGUGCUUCUAAUUGUAAAUGUUGUUCCAGGAAAGUCCAACACGACUCAAUAUUUAAUUGAGUUUGACACACCAUGGAAGUAUGCAUUUAUAGAUGAAAUUAGACCUAUGCAGCAUUCCAUCUAUGACAUUUUAAAUAGACCUUUUUCUGAGCAGAUACAACUUGCAAAUGUUCGACAAAUUAUUAGCAAUAACUUCAGAACCGCAUUGGCUCUGUUAAGGAAAACCAACACCAAAAUUAAUGACAUUACUGUACUAAUUUCGAGAACCAAAGAACUUCUAGACAACGAAGACUGUUGGAAAGUAAUUCAACCAAAAAUCAUGGAGAUUUGUUUUGACUACUUCUCUCAGAAUCAGACAAAUUAUUAUUCGACCUUUGUUGCUCAACACAUGCAAGAAUAUUUUCUGGUAGCAAACACUUAUUAUUCUGCAAUCCAAUAUUGCAUUGAGAGAAUAUUAAUCAAAUCAUUUACAUAUCUUCUUGCAGAAUUGGAGAGAAACAACAAUCUGGAUUUGUACUUUGAAUUUAAGAAGGCAAACAGAACGGAUGGAACAUCACUUUGGCUUCGACUAUUGAGCGAUAUGAAACGUCCAUCCAUUACGAACAUGUUCACCAAGUAUGAUCAGGCCAACUCUUCGGCAGAAUUACUUCGUUGGAAACCCAUAGAAGUGAAAAAUGAUGGAAACAAUAACAGAAUAUUCAAAUGUCGAUUCCCAUUUUCCUUUGAAGUUUGUAGAUAUUUACACAGCUUGAGAAGCAUUUGUGAGAGCUCACGUUUUGGUGUUACUACAGCACUUCAAAAUCAUAUCAACAUGUUGUAUCCAUUCCUUAAUAACUUGCCAAGAGAAUUUUCAGAAUUCUUUAUCUAUGACUACAUGUGUAUGUUUGGAGAACAAUGUACAGUUCUAACGAAUGAAGUUCAAUAUGAAAUUCUCAAGAAAAUGCUCGAGACAGAGCAUAACGAUUCUAGCGAUACAAAUAGUCAUAUUGCCAAUGCGCUUUCAUUCUACUGGAAGCAAGAACGAAGAUUACAGGCUUACUAUGUACUCUUUGAGACGUUCCCCAAGUCCGUUCUUCAAAAGAAAUUCUUACAAAAGCUCCUUGUUCCUUCAUUGAGAGUGACAUCCGUUGAGGAAAUUGAUAUAUUACUAUUCAGCGUGAUUUAUCAUAAUUUAGAUCCAAGAAAGGUUGAAAUUUCAUAUGAUCCUGUUAUCACAAAACAACGAAGAAUGAUUUGGGUAAAAACAUUGACUGACAUCAAGGGUCCUGUAGAGGUAUUAACGAGUUUGAUGCGAAAUUCUGGAUCAUCCAUGUUAAAUAAUAUUGGAUUCAUUCAUGAGAAAUGGAGAAAGCUGCAAUUCUACAAGGAGUAUCUUCAAGAGAUUGCCAUUCCUUUGGGAAUUGUUAAAGAUAUAUCCAUGAUUUUGUGGCAAAAUAUGAAAACCAAACCUCUCUCUUCGAUCAAUAGUUUGGAAUUAAUUCUGUACUUCCUUGACUUGGUUAGCAAGAUUGGAGAUAAUCAAAAAUCGACCACGAUUGACACCAGAAAAGCCAAUAUUUCACGAUUUUUCGAAAUGUUUACCUCCAAGUUCCUUAUAAGACCCAUUGGUAAAGAUGAUGAGAUUGACAAAUCAUUUUACUCCGUGUUAGUCAGUAUUGUGAAAGGAGAUAAUGAAAAGUUUAAACAGGUCAUGAAAAAUCCAACUCAAAAUCUUAAGGUUAGCAUUUUGAAGAAGCUCCUUCUCAACAAACAAACCAAAGUGCUUGUGAAUUCCGAGCUGAGAGAAAUCGUCAAACAAGAAUUGGGAAUAUCGGCCGUAGCAUCGAUCAAUAGCUCAGCAUCUCUCGACCAGAGCACAUUUUACAGUUAUUUGUGCAUCUAUGAAUCGGUUCUUCAGAGUAUUCCUGAGGAGCAAAUUUCCAAAUUAAUUUCCUCUAUUUCAGAGUCGAUUCUUGAUGUCCAUACUUGGAAAGAUAUAAUCAAGGAAGUACAAUUACUGGCUGUUAUUAGAACAUCUUUAUCCUCAUUUGCAGACAGAUUAAUUGCUGCAUCUGAAAAAGGAGAAUCCAUACGAGCCAUCAUUGGAUCAAACACCAUCUACCAACAGUUAUUGACUCUUCUCGAUAAGCCCAGUUUCAAUUUCCUGCGAUUGGUACUCCUUCGAUUGGUUGUCGAAAGGAAGGGCAGAGUCUUUUUACUGAAAACUUUUCGUUCAAAAGUUGCUGAACACAUUCCAUGGAUUUCAUUGGUUCUCUAUGGAUUUAAAUACACCGACAGUAUUCCACAAAAUGUUUUGAUACAUGUGUUGAAUGGACUUGAGGAGAUUGGAGCAUGCGUCGAUAUGAUUAUGAGCUUACGACAGCAGCAAGGGGACAGUACCUCAAAAACAGAGUCAAUUAUCAAGCUCAAAUCCUCGCUCGAAUCAAUCAUUCACACAGGACAGCAAAUUGAUAUUCAUUCCCUUAAAAAGCUCUGCUACUUGGCAGUUAUUGACAAGUGCUACUUGUCGUUCUGUGCUGAAACUUCCAUUAAGGAGAGUAGAAUUGCCAUGUCUGAAGAGGAGUUGAUCAGUAGAAAUACUAUUGACAUUACCAAACUUAAAAAUUAUCUACUCAGACAUGUCUUAAAGGAUGAGAAAGAAGUGUUGAUGACCAUCAAAUUUGCAACCAAUGCAUUUGACGAGAAUAAUUUCUUCUAUCUCAGUGAGAAUACUUCUCUAGAGAAUUUGACCCUAGUUCAUAUUGUACAUCAUAUUUGUUCAAUUGCACUUUCAAACUUCUCGUCCGAUCAAUUCUGGUGGAUGCUUUUAUUUGAACCUUUAUCUAUGAAAGACAAGUAUUUACCAAGCAUCACCGAUGACGCCAGAAGUCAAGUCAUUAACACAAUCAAUAAUAGUGGUGGCAUUAUUAACUGGUACAGAUGCUCAAAGGGUCAUGUCUACUUUAUUGAUUUAUGUGGCCUUCCUUUGGAGCAAGCUCAAUGCCCAGAAUGUGGACUUCCAAUUGGAGGCUCUGAUCAUGUUCCUCACUAUUCCAACGAUAAGAUCAAACAUGAGGAGGAUUUGGCACCAACAGGUUAUGCUGUUUAUGAAUACUUUAAAGAAAGAGAUUUGAAAGCAACUGUUCGUUCAUUAUCACCACUUGUCUUCAGAGUGGUCAGACUGAUCAUACAUUCAUUGCUCAUCACUGGCUCCUCUCUAUUCCCAGAAAGGGAAGAGGAGUACAAGGCACUCUUCCACAAAUCAAUGGAUACAUCAUCCAUAACCAAUCUUCAUGAAUAUCUAUUGUCACAUAUUAGAAACGAUUGGAGUAUUAUUGUUGAACUAUUGGGAGAAAAUAAUGAAGAGAAGGCAAGCGUAUUAUUGUUCAAUAUUUUAGAGCUGUUCAGUUAUUCAUCAAAACAAAUGGAACUCAAGAGAAAAUCCAAUACAAAACAACCUGGAGUUGCUUCGAGAGAUUUGUCUACCAAGUCUGGAAGAAACGCAUGGGAAAAUCACUUCAAUGGUUGUGUGUCUAUGGUGGUUGAAAAUGCUACAAAGAAGUAUCAAUUAUAUUUCAAACAAUUAGACAAUUUCCAAAAGAGAAGUCAUGAUCCUGUCACUAAUGUAUUACUAUUCUCACCAGAGUCAACCUCACAGCCAAUAUUGCCUCUCACAGAUCCUAUUAGUCAGUUAUGGAAUAUUAAGGUACCGAUCACCUAUGAACAGUUUAAGCUUGCCUUUAUCAAUGACAGAGUAGAGCAGAAAUAUCCAAUUUUGAAUCUCUUUAUUCAGAAUGAGCCAAUGCUCUACGCCACAAGAUACAUUCCUCAUGUGAUCAAGUGGCAAAAAUUGAUCAUGUCCACUUUUUCUCGAAGAAUAGAUAGACACUAUGCAAGAACUCGCACCGUUCGAGACGUGUUAUCAGAAUUUAAUUCUGCAAUGGCAUUAUCUCCAGUCAUCUUACAAAUGGGUUCAGACAAGAAAGCAUCAAUUGAAAAAUUAUUUGAAGGCUGGGCUAAAGCAUUUAACCAUAGCUGGAAAUUUAUUGAUCGCUACAAGUGCUUGCCUCUUCCUAAUUGGUGUAGAAAUAUUGUCAUGACCAAGGAUACUCCACUCUCAUUUUCUAUUCCGGAUGAGACGGGUCAAGAUGAAGGCAUUUGUUCGCUUGCUGUGACACAAUUUUUAAUUGAUAAGCAUAAUGAAGUGAUUGAGAAAGUUGGAAAACUAUUCAAUAAGAACGUGGAAAACACUCCAAUUGAAAUUUCGAGCCGUUUCGUCUCCAAACAUCAUCUCAUUGUAUUUAACAUCGAAGAAGAGUUGGUAUCAGUCAUUGCAGAAUCGAAAUUAAAUGAACCAACAUUGACUUCCAACAAUACUAAUGGCGACAAGCAAAAAUCAAGUGCAAGACACAAAUUUGAUUAUGAAAGAAUUGAGCAAUUUAUUUUGACAAAAUACUUGUCAGGAAAACCAAAAAUCAAGUUAGAAUUGGAAGGGUUCUUAUUCUUAAACGAAACAAGAUACUCGACUGGUUUUGGAGAUCAAAUUGGAGGACCUGUGAGCGAACUUAAACGAAAAAUCAAGCAAGUGGAAAUUCCAACAGAUAUCAAACAAGCGAUCAUUCUAGAGAUGAGAGCCAACGAAACUAGUUUAGACAUAAUCCAAGCCUGUUUAAGACAAGUGGAAGAAUGUAUCUCUUUCUUGCAAGCUAUUUCAAGUUCUAAUAAUUUGGAAGAUGUGGAAAAGAUGUCCAUCACAGAUUAUUUACAUAAUAUUUUACUUGUUGAUCCAUCCACCACAUCCAAUCAACCAUUAUGUAAUAUUUCCAAUAUCAUGAUUCAUGUGAAGUUGUGUCACUUGUUGUCAUUAUGGCAAUUAUUAGAGAAUGAGCUUUCACCAGGAUCUACAAUUGAAUCCUCCAUCAUUUCAAACAGGUACAAGCGUGCCAUACCGUCAUCUCUUCUCAACCAUUUGAAAGAAUUCAAAGAAAAACUCUCACUUACUGAUCUUUCAAUCUUGACAUGCUCCAUCAAGGAAUUAUUACUCUCAUACUUUACCAAUGAAACGUUAGAUUCAGAGAUUCCUCUCAAGCAAAUGCUAGAAAUCACUCCUGCUGUGGAGAACAUGGCACAAGUUUCCAAACAAACAGACAAUGCUGACAGCAACAGUGGAGGUAAAAAGCUUGGAGAUUUCAAGUGGUUACAGUUACUAUCUGAUGAAUUGAAAACAGCACACUUGUUUGAGGACUUUCUUUUAACCAUAUUGACAAAGAAAAUCAGAAUUCAAUCGUUACACGUCACUUCCUCAUUGUCAUUUGAUUUUACGGCUCCUUUUGAUGUGGCCAUCUCGUAUAAUUGUAAUUGUAUUUUGAUCAAUGAUCAAGGCACACAGACUAUUGAAGUUUUUGAUUUGAAAACUCGGAAACACACAAAUUCUCUUUCUGUGGAAAACUUUUUUCCAAAUUAUUUGUGCAUUGAAGAAAAUUAUGAUGGACAUGGGCGUGAUGCAUUGUUGAUCGGUCGUGAAAAGCCAACUGUUCCAACCAUGACCUACAGUGUUUGUAAGAUAGACCUUCAUGAAUUUCUUUCGAAUGGAGAUCUUUCAAUUCCCUUCAUUUGGGAAAACAAGUUAUUUACAAGAGCACCUUUAGGAAUGUGUAUUGUGACUAAGGCACAGCGAGAGUUAGUCGUGUGUGAUCCGGGAAAUUGUUUUUUAAGAGUUUUAAAUUUAAAGACAGGAGAGUUGACCAGAAACAUUGAAAUUGGUCUUGAGCCAUGUGAUGUUUGUGUUGUAUCCGAUGAGGAGUUGGUCGUAUCAUGGGCCUACUCCAAAGCUGUUGUGAAAGUGAUAGCAAAAAAGAAUUCAGAGGCAGCAGAUCUUUACCUCUUGUGUGGAGAUCGCUCAAGAUUAGAGCACUUUGUGGAAGCUUAUUCGGUUAUUUUUGACUCACAAAAUAACCAAUUCAUUGUUUCUGAUCCAGAAUUUAACACUUCAAACUAUUCGAAAGACCCUAAAGGAAUGCUUCAACUGUUCUCACGUCAGAGAAGACCUGUUAAAGAAUAUGGAAAUUCAUCGAGCAGAGAUAGCUUACUGAAAUUCCCUAAAGGACUCUGUUUGCAUAGGGAAACACACGAACUAUUUGUGUGUGAUUUCGGUGACGCUCAUGUCCUCAUUAUUGAAUAA